UGUUUUGGUGCGAUACUGUAACAUGUCAGCGCCCAUGUGUGUGAAGUUGAAAGUAGGAAUGCUCGAGAAAUGAGACGAUGGCAGAUUGUGAAGUGUUUAGGACUUAUAUGUGUUAUUUUUCUGCUGUUUCAGUUUUUCCUUUGGUUUCAAUUUCCAUCCAAAGGUGACAAAGACCCGCCUACGUAUAAUGUAAAGCGAUUGGUGAAGAAGGUGUUGAGAGUAUGGGAUGAUUUAGAAGACACAGUGUUUGUUAUCGAGCCCGAGAUUCUGUACAAGAUUUUAGAACAGGAGAAUUACUCUGAUAAUGAAGGCAGAUGUGCCGUCUUUUGCCACCUUACAAGAAAGGCCAUCUCCUUUGGAGUAUUUGGACACAAAGUUGCCAUUCCACUGGUCUUAUCAAAGUUCCGUCAGAGUGGAUUUGCUGCAGUGGACGCCAAAGAGGAUAAUCCAGACUCCCACCUAAAGAAUCCUGGAUCCUCUCCACAACAGAUCAUCACCCACAUGUUUCUACAGGACAUGGAGCAGCCAGAGCUGACAGUACAUGUGGUGGUGUUCUACCCCCUCUCAGGGUUUCUGUGGACCAGUCAGAUCCAGAUGCCAACCUCUGACCUCAGCUUUGGAGCCACAGCAGGGGCAUACGAUAUAUUUGAGACACGGAGCAUAACCAUUGAUGGCCUAUCGAUCAGUGUGCCUAAAUCAAUCCGAAAUUUUCUUCACAUGAAGCAAGAUUCACACUUCUUGGAGUGCAACAACGAAAGAGCCAAGAUGUUCUACACCCAGUAUCCCAAAGAUAACACAGAAGAAGCCCAGCGAUUUCAGAGGAAGGCCAGACAACUCCUGGUCAAAGGGAAGGAGGUUCUAGAUAAGUUAGGGGUCCGCUUCUGGCUCAGCAGUGGCACCUGUCUAGGCUGGUUUCGACAGUGUGACAUCAUCUCAUAUUCUAAAGAUGUGGACUUCGGGAUUUGGAUUAAAGAUCAUAAACCAGAAAUCAUUGACGCCAUGGAGAGGGCUGGACUUCCCCUCAAGCAUGUGUUUGGCAAAGUGUCAGAUAGUUACGAGUUGUCCUUCAAGGCUGGAGAAGUCAAACUGGACCUUUUCUUCUUCUAUGAAGAGGGAGACACAAUGUGGAAUGGGGGAACUGAUGCCAGCUCAGGGGAAAAACUCAAGUAUGUCUUUCCAAAGUUUGACUUGUGUUGGACACUUCUUCUGGAUAUCAGGGUGCGAGUUCCAUGUCCAACACAACCCUACAUCGAGGCAAACUAUGGGAAACAGUGGGAUGUUCCUGUCAAAUCUUGGGACUGGAAAACCAGCGCAUUUAAUGUCCGUCCAAAUGGAGUGUGGCCAAAAUCAGAAUGGAAGGAGGUCAUUCAAGUCUAUUAAUGUCAAUGUUUUUUUCAUGUCUGUGUAUAAAUGAUGAAUGAAAUAAUGAAAUGCAGGGAGAAAAUGUAAUUAAAGGCAUUAAAGUAAGCAGGUUGUUGAAAGGUGUGAAAGUUGAAAGGCUUUUUUUCUUAAAGUGUGAGGAUCAUGUGCAAAUGAGUUGUUCUUGAAAUGUGAAUAAGGGAUCUGAUGUACUAGAUUUUGUUAUGAAUGUGUAUACACGUAUAUGGUAACCUGUUGUGUUAGAUUGUAAUUAGAAAUUUUUAUAGAAAAUGUCUAUUUUUGGUGCUCUUGUACACUGAUAUUGUCAGACAAGCUGUCCAUUAUAUGAACAAGCCUAUGUGUAAAUUUGUCUGUGUUAUACAAGCCUCGUUAUCUUGAACUUGAUUGAACUGAAAAAAAUAUAGAUCUGAGAGUUUGAGAUGCAGGUUAAAAAUUCAUAAAGAAGAAUCAUUUCAGACUUCCAAAUCACGCUACAUGAGUGUAGUAUUUGAGAUAUUAUCAUUUCAGACUUCCACAUCAUGCUACACGAGUGUAGUAUUUGAGAUAUUGUUAUUUGAAAUAAUGAAGUAUAACAUAUACAUGUACGUUACUUAUAAUCAGAGAAGAAUCUAUAAUCAGGUGUGGUUUUCAUAACUUUACGCUAUAUUUAAAUUUUCAGCUUUUAAUAGGGGAGACAGUUCCUAUAGAAUAGACAAGAGUGCAUUUUAAAUGUUCACGGUUUAGGGGUAAUAGAAUGCUGUAAUAAGCACUUCAUUUUCUCUGAUGAAUACUCUCGUACUUGUUUAACUGUCAAAUGAAUUCAAAACAAGAACAGGAAAUGUCAUGAUUAGAUUGUUUUGUCUCUGAAAUUUCUUUUAAUGAUAACAAUAAAUGUCAUUAAUUUUGAUACAGGACUAUAAAUGUACCUUUUAUAGCAGGUAAUGUUUUACUACAUGUAUUACGCAAGGCUGUGAUUAAUUAGGUAAUUGUGCAAUCAUCUUAUUGGCAAUAUUAUUAUGUAUUCAUCUCUUGCUAAAUUCAUUUCUUGCUUAAUUAUUUAAUUCUACCUCUAUCAUGUAUUUUAGUGUUCAUCUUUACAUCUGGUUGUGAAAUCUUUUGUUAUGUAUUACUAUUAACAGAGAAAAAACUACCCUGUUCUAUCUGUAAAAUAAAUUUAAGAGUCAAGGUCUG